AUGGUUGAAAAUAUAACUUUAUCUUCACAGGGUGACGGCAUAACCUCAAAUGCGUCUUCACACAACUUGAAAGUAAAUAGGGAAUAUUCUUGGAUUAACAUAUUCGGAAAUAGGGACAAUGAUGAUGCUUUUACCAAAGAAUCUAGUUACGCUAAGAGCUUGCAUGAUUUACUUCUUGAAAUUGCUUCACAGGAGUCCGACUGGUAUCAAAGCGAAGCAAAUCAAUCCCGGCUAUAUGACUCUCUUAGCCGUUAUGAGGUUCCAAAAGUUGAAAAUAUGAGAAAUCUUAUGGGAAUAAAUGAAACUGCUAACAGAGGAAUCGCAAAUAUAAUUGAUACUUCCAUUAAAAUUAGCAAUGCUAGCAAUCUGGAUAUUGCUGCUGCGUUUUUAACCGAAGGUUUGGCAUGGCACAAACCUGAUACUCGAAGUGAUUUGGAAAUAUCUUCCGAUUUCUUAGGUUGGCCAACGCAUAUUGCCAGUUUCCAUCUAACUCUAGCCAUUUGCAUAGCUCUAGUCUCCUGGCUUUCACAUAUUGUAAUGGCAAUAGCAAUUCUGCAAAAUGAUAAGCUCAAUCAUGUGGCUUACCGCUAUCUGCUUUCCCUUGGCGCUGCAGUGAUGCUUCAUGCAGCAGCGAACUUUCCUACAAAUAUCAUAGUCGACCUCUUUGGUAAGUAUAGAUCGUACGAAGUGUUGUAA